AUGCACUUCCCUCUUCCGGCAAAUACAUUUCCAUCGUUAAUUGUAUCAGAGGAAGACCGACUUGAGCUUCAAAAUUUAUCGGACACUUUUGUAUAUAGCGCAAUCAAGGAAUACACGGAUUUUUAUGAUGCAAAGCAUAGUGUGUUGGACAAAAAGCGUUGGCAAUUGAUCAAGACUCGAGAAAAUAUGACGGCGUAUCGAGCUAUGCGUUUGACUAAGACGAAAAGAGAUCACUUUGCUUCGAAAGAACGAGUCGAUUCCGGUAUUAUAACUGCAUCGACUAAGCUUCAAAGGGUAUUAGCAGUCGGUACAGUCGAAGGAGAGUUUAAUGAUAUGGCCUUUGGACUUAUUACUGGAAGUGCAGAGAUGAUGAUGAUUAAGUCGUCCUACACAAACGAUAUGGUUGUUGAUGAAAAAGUGCUUGCUACCGUUGUGGAACCAACUCCAAUAGAACCAGUUCGUGGGACGUUUCUUAAAUGGAGUGUUUCAUGUGGUGUUCCUGUCUUUCUACGAAAGCUGAUUCGACCACGAGAUUUUGUCUAUCUGGAAUCCACUGGCAUUCUUAAGGUCAAAUCUGAACGGAUUGGCUAUUGCUUAGUGCAUUCGCUUCAAAUACCAACAAUUGGUGAGCUGACCAAAUACCAAAUUGUGCGAGGGAAUAUUUCUGUUUGUGUGCUGUUUCGUCAGAAAUCAUUUGGCAAGAUUGAACUUUACGUCAAAGGGUUCGUAGAUCCAAUGGGUAGCGUCCAGCCAUGCAUUGCCGUCUCUCACACAGCAGACGCUCUGUUAUCAUUUUGUAAAAUCGUCCAUUGUGGACAAAUGAAAAAGCUUUACUGGCUUUGGACAGCCAGGAAGACAGUUGUACUUGACCAUGACAAUAGCGACUGCGUCGUUUGUACCAAUUAUCCUUGUCGUCCAAAGAUAUGCGAAGUGUGCAUGCACACCAUUUGUACUCGUUGCAGUGUCACUAAAAAGCUCAGCUUUUUAUCGUCAACAACCGGUCAAGUCUUUCCACGCAACGUCAUCUUUUGCGUUCGAUGUUUAUUAGCUGCCAUGAAAGCCGAUGCUCUUCAAGUUGCAGCAGAGCAAAUUAGGUGUCAAGUUCCAACCAUUGACUUGUACGAUGUGUCUACGCGCCCGACUUCAUCAUCAAAGAUGGUCUCUCCCUCGAGUGCAAACAUUCCAGAUGCAACUCGUGAAUUUUUUGGUUAG